CAUUUCGAGAAUUCAUUUGAUUUGACAUUUCGUCUUUCGAUGAUUUCCAUUCAAGUACCUACCUACAUAUCAAUUAUCUAUCGGUCAAAAAGCCACUAAAAUAAACAACAACAACAACAAGUGAAUAGGUACCUAGUGAAGAAGUGAAUUUUUUGUAGUGUCUGUAUGAUAAUAAAGGAUUGAGUAGUACUUUCCAUUUCAAAAAAAGCAGAAAUACACUGAUCAUGCAAAAUGAGUUACGGUGCAGUGCAUAGGUUUUUUUUACGAACCAUUGCAAGUCAGGGAGUACUUACUUAUUCAAAUGCACAAAAAAUAAUGGAGGAGUCUUUUCCCGAGAGAGAUAAUACAUCAAUAGAAGAUCUAACCAAAGAGAUAAACGAAAAAAUAAGGCCAUUCCAAGAAACAAUAAAAAUUGUCACUGAUGAGGUGACCUCUGAGAAAAAUGUUGUGUUCCUUUCCCUUGGAUUUGACGAUGCCACGAAAUCUCAGAAUGUGUUCUCCGCGCAAGAGCUAGAUUUCUUUAGAAUUCUCAUUGAGCAGAUCAUGACAACGGAGAGUAGACAAAUAACAUCACAGUAUGCCUUGAAUUUGGUUAAUAAAUCUAAAUUAUCUAAAACUGAUGCUCAAAAACUACUAAAAACCUGGUGCAGAAUGUAUUAUUUGGCAGAAAUCAAUUCAAACUAUGCUUUAGGGAUUCGAGCCAUACAUGAGUUUCAACAUUAUCUACGUGAGAAUAUGCCAGACACUAUUCAAGAAUGCUGUCUUUGCAAGGAAAUUGUUUUUAGGGGCUACAAUUGUCCGCCAUGCGGAGAAGCAAUUCAUAUGCGGUGUUUGACAGAGUACUUGCAGAGAAUAAAAAAGUGGCCAUGCUGUAAAGCUGAUUUUCAUGAAAAUCAACUGGAGACGCUCAACUGUGGCAGAUUGUCUCAAACGCAACAGCUAGAAGAAAGCCAAAGGAGUACUCAAAGAACCACUCAAAGAUUGAACAGCGUUGAAGAAACACUAGAAAAUUCUGAUGACGAGUUUGAACAAACUCUAGGAACACCUAUACCGGGAGUUUCACAGAGAAUUGCUAGGAAAAGGAAGAGGACGAUAAGAGAUUGAAUUUGUUGAACACUAACUACUACAAACACCUUGUUGAAUGUUAAGGUAAAAGAAACUAUGUGAUUUAAGUACCUAUAUAGCAUCUAUUUUUUCUUAGAUUACUUAAAAGGUAAAUCGCAGGCAACUUUUCACAAGAACAUGCAUUUUUAAACGUUAAGAAACGAAAUUUCACUUGUAUCACAAUUUCAUUGUUACUUUGCUGUAAUAUCGAUGCUUUUAGUUAAUCAAAUAUUUAUCUACCUUUUAAGUAAAAAAAAAAAAUUGUAGUGUGAUUGAUUAUUCUGAUAUUUUAAAAAUUGUAAACAGUUCUAUAAUUUCUAGAUAUCAGAUUAAUUCGUUUUUCCUUAUAUUUAAAUAAUACUGUAUCAGCAUUACUUUUCAUAGUGCAUUCGUAAAUGAAUAAAACUAUUUUAU